AUGAAACAGCUCGUUCCUCCACCACUGCCGAGCAAACCAUACACACUUGCGACUCUGCCCAUGAUCUGGGAAUACAUGAAACCUGCCUUUACUCUCCUCCUUUACCCCCAAACAGACAGUGAAGAUAAUGAUGACACAGCCGUUCUAGGAAUAGAUCAUGGAUACUAUGCAGGGAUCGCCACAAUCACCUAUAACUUCGCGACGACGAUGAAGGCGAACAUACGCGAGCUAUAUGAUCAACUUGACACGUUCUUCGGAGAGGCUGCGCGAUCCGUUCUGCUCAAUGCGCCAUCGUCACAGGCCGAGGACCCGCACCUCCGCUUCCUACCUGACCUCUCAAGUCGCUUUCACCACUACUCUAGGGGAGCGACGACGGUGGGCCACCUACUCAAUUUUAUCAAUCGGCAUUGGAUACAGCGGGAGGUGAAUGAAGGCAGAGGGUGGUUUGUCGUGAUGAAGAUAAGGGUGUCCCAAGACACACGUAAAGCGGCCAUGAGAGCUGAUCUGAAACGUUGGGGAUACGAGGAAGGAGCGUCAAGUGAAGAGAUGGGCGAGGCAAUAGCGAGCGCGGAGGCAGGCAGCCGGCCGGGAUGCAUCGUCCCCAUAAAAUCCCUCGCGCAUAGGCAGUUCCGAAUCCAAGUCGUCGAGCCCUUGCUCUCGACGUCCGAAGCGUCUGUCGACGGCGUCGUGGAUACGGCAGAGGGAUCGCCGCUCGGGCGUGCUUUGGAGGCUUGGUCGAAGAAGCUCGAGGGCUCUGCGCCAAAGGAGGAGCGGGAGAGAGCGCAGCAGCUGAUCACGAGUAUAGGGCACAUGCUGAAGAUGGUCGGAUUCCCACCCGAUCAUCCGCUACGGGUGCGGAUAAAGAGUUUGGUCUGA